AUGGGUGAUGAAAAAAUUGAUACAAUCCUAACAUCAGUUCAAACAAAAGUAGAAAUUAAUGAUAGAGAGAAUGAAGAAUUCAUCCCUGGCACUUUAAGCAUUUAUUCUUUCAAAUUUGACAAAGAGAAGCAUGGACAAAUUCAUGAUAAUGAAUCAGCAGUUAAAAUUAAAACAAAAGGUAACAUAAUUUUGUUUCCACAACCUUCAAAUUCAGUAAAUGAUCCACUUAACUGGCCAAGAUGGAGAAAAUUAUUGAAUUUUACAAUCAUCAUCUUUAUUACUGCUUUUACCGCAGCAACAAGUAAUGAUGCAGGUGCAAGUCAAGAUUCAUUAAAUGAAAAAUAUGGUAUAUCAUAUACAGCAAUGAAUACAGGUGCUGGUGUUCUAUUCUUAGGUAUUGGAUGGGGUACAUUCUUUUUAACACCAUUAUCAUCAUUAUAUGGUAGAAAAAUUACAUAUUUCAUUUGUAUAUUUUUAGGAUUAUUAGGAAGUGUUUGGUUUGCAUUAAUUAAAGGUACUUCAGAUUCAGUCUGGUCACAAUUAUUUGUUGGAAUUAGUGAAAGUUGUGCUGAAGCUCAAGUUCAAUUAUCUUUAUCGGAAUUAUAUUUCAGUCAUAAUUUAGGUAAUAUUUUAACUUAUUAUAUUAUUGCAACUUCGGUGGGAACUUAUCUAGGUCCUUUAAUUGCUAGUGUUAUAGUGGAAAAGAUUAACUUUAGAUAUACUGGUUGGAUCGCAGUGUUCAUAAGUGCUGGCUUAUUAUUAGUUAUAUUAUUUGUAAUGGAUGAAACUUAUUUUAACCGUGCAAAAUAUUUUGAUAAAGUAAUUGAUAGAGUACCAGAUAAGAAAAUUGAAGCAACUGAAAAGGAUGAAAAGAAUGAUAUAGUAAGUACAACUAGUCAAGAAUUAAUAAAUCGAAAGAAAUCUUCAGACUCAUUAUUAAAUCUCGGUGAAAAUGAAUUCCCCAAACCUUAUUGGAAAAGAGUUCAACUAAUUACAUUUGCUGAUAAUUUACGAGGUUAUGGAAUAAAUCAAUACUUUCAACAACUUUAUUUGUUAUUAAAAGUUUUUUUAUAUCCACCAGUUUUGUUUUCAGGUUUUGUAUGGGGAAUUCAAAAUGCAUUAUUAACGUUUUACCUCACUGUUGAAGAUGAUCAAUACUAUGAUCCACCAUAUAAUUAUGGUGAUAUAAAAGUUGGUAUUAUGAAUGUCCCAUGUUUAAUUGGUGCUGUUAUUGGUUGUUAUUUUGCAGGUACAUUAUCAGAUUAUUUUACUGUAUUUUUAGCGAAACGAAAUAAUGGAAUACAAGAAGCAGAAAUGAGAUUAUGGUUUUUAUUCCCACCAGCUAUUAUAGCACCUGUUGGGUUAAUUUUAUUUGCAGUUGGAACUGAUAAAGUUUGGCCUUGGUUUCCUACAUACUUAGGUUUAGCAUUCAUUGGAUUUGGUUUUGGGUGUUCAGGUGAUGUUUCAAUGUCUUAUUUAAUGGAUGCAUAUCCAGAAAUGGUUAUAGAGAUGAUGACGGGGGUUGCAUUAAUUAAUAAUAUGAUUGGUUGUAUAUUUACAUUUGCAUGUUCACCUUGGUUAGAUAAAAUGGGUGCAACACAUACAUUCAUAAUUUUGGCGGUGAUUGAGUUCAUUAUUAUGAUGUGUGCUAUACCGUUUAUCAUUUAUGGUAAACGUAUCAGAAUUUGGACAAAGGAUUUGUAUGUAGAAUUUUGUCAAUUACGAGAUGGUAUUUAG